UGUUUUGGGUUUUGGUGGGCUGGGCUGGGCCAGUGGGCCAGUGAUCGGGCCGUCGGGAGGUGAUGUUCCCAGCGCUUUCGCGCUCUUACGAUGAGUUAAGAAACUGAAUCACCAAAGUGAAAGAGCCAGAAACUGAAGUUGCGUGUGUCUAAGCAAUUACUACGGAAACUGGCGAUUGCACCCAUCUGCCGCCACUACCAUUUCCUGCACGCUACUGCAGCUCGUCUGAGAGCCUCCUUCGAACUACUCAUCUGAACGAACACGAACAUGAACACUUUCACGCCCGGAGCGGCUGUUGCGCCGUGCACCAAGGUAACGCUGAGCAUCGCUUGCAGAAACUUGAGGGACACGGACUACCUGUCCAAAUCCGACCCCAUGUGCGUCGUAUUCUUGUCUUCAUCCAGCAAACAGCAACUUCACGAGAUCGGACGAACAGAAACAAUCGACAACUGCCUGAACCCAGACUUCGUCAAGGCGAUUCCCGUGGAUUACUACUUCGAAGAGAGCCAGAGGCUGAGAUUUGAAAUAUAUGAUGUCGACUCGAAAAGCCCGAGACUUUCGGAUCACGACUUCCUGGGCAGCAUGGACUGCACGUUGGGAGAGGUCGUCUCCGUCCAGGGCAGCAGGUUCACCAGACCUCUCAAGAACGAUGCCAGCCACAAGAAUGCAGGCACGAUCACCGUGAUUGCUGAGGAGGUCAGCUCCUGUAAGCAAGUGGUGACCAUGCAGUGGGCGGCCCACAAACUGGACAAGAAGGACUUCUGGGGCAAGUCGGACCCCUUCCUAGUUUUCUACAAGACCAAUGAGGACGGCAGUAUGUCGGCGGUGUGGAAGACGGAGGUGAUAAAGAAGACUCUGAACCCCACCUGGGCCCCCUUCUCGACCAAGACCAACGUCCUGUGCAACGGGGACCUGGACCGGCAGCUCAAGGUCUUCUGCUACGACUGGAACAGCAACGGCAGCCACGACCUGAUUGGAGAGUUUUCGUGCACCCUUCGCCAGCUGCAAAAGGGACCCUGCUCGGAGAACGUUUUCGAGUGCAUCAAUCCGAGCAAGGCCUCCAAAAAGGGCUACAAGAAUUCGGGCACGGUGACCCUCCUGAGCUGCACAGUGCGGGAACAGGCCACCUUCUUGGAUUACAUCCAGCGGGGCACGCAGAUGCACUUCACGGUGGCGGUGGACUUCACGGCAUCCAACGGGGACCCCCGCACGCCAGGGUCGCUGCAUUACAACGACCCCCGCUACCCCAACGCCUACGUGCUGGCCAUCCAGGCCGUGGGCGAGAUCAUCCAGGACUACGACGCGGACAAGAUGUUCCCCGCCCUGGGCUUUGGGGCACGCCUUCCCCCCACGGGCAUCGUUUCCCACGAGUUCUUUCUGAACGGCAACCCCAGCAGCCCCUACUGCGCCGGCGUCCAGGGCAUACUGGAGGCCUACCAGAGGACGCUGCAGUCCGUGCAGCUGUACGGGCCCACCAACUUCUCGCCCGUCAUCAACCACGUGGCACGGUUUGCAUCAUCAUACCAGGACGGGCGGCACUACUUUGUGUUGCUCAUCAUCACGGACGGGGAGAUCACGGACAUGGCCCAGACCAAGGAAGCCAUCGUGCAGGCCUCCGUCCUGCCCAUGUCCAUCAUCAUCGUGGGCGUCGGGAAUGCAGACUUCGCCGCCAUGAACGAGCUGGACGGUGACAGUGUUCGGAUCAGCUCACGGGGCCGGCUUGCCGAACGGGACAUCGUUCAGUUUGUGGCCUUCCGGGACUUCCUGGGCCGCCAGAAUCCCGUGGAGGACAAAGCCCGCCUGGCCAAGGAGGUGCUGGCCGAGAUCCCCGACCAGCUGGUCGGCUACAUGGACAAGCACGGCAUUAAACCCAACGCCGCACCCAAUACGUAGCUUGGGGUCUCUGCCAUUGCCGCCAUUCUGGUCACUGUUGCGCUCGGCCCUUGUCAUUUGGUCAUGCUCUGGCCGUGGUGUGGCCAUGCCGUGGUUGGACUUUGGCCAUGCUCCAGCCGCUUCGAGCCUCGGCAGUACUGUGUUGUUGGUACUACUGGACUCGGUCUUACCUCGUGGGUUGCCCUUUUUGUGCCCAUUGGAGCUCAGGAGCAUUGAAAAAUGUUUUAUUUCCAAGCACAUUUCAUCCCCAGCAAUGCCUGCCAACCUCCGCGCAAUUUUAGUCGAAGGUAAAAAGGGCUCACACAGAGACAAGAGUGUUCACUUGUCUUCGGCGUCAAGAAGAGCUAAUUUGUUUUCUAUCCCAAAGCAAUUGGGAGAGGAAUGACAAGGUUCCUUAGAAUCGACGAUUUCCCUUAGUUUGGGUUGAAAUAAGUUGCAUAAAAUUUUUAUAUUGGGUGGGGAGGGCAUAUUUGUUGAUAAACGGUAAAUUUUAUUUCAUUUAGUGAAAUCUAAAGUGGGUAUGGGUGAGUUUGCAUAUAAUAUAAAGACACCCAGCUAUCCUCUUACCAUUGCCGAAGUUCACUUGCAGCAAGCUGCUUCCUCACUUGCUGUAGUCAAGAGUCAUGCAUGGAGGCACGAAGUAGAGAGGGGCUGAUUCUUAGCGAUGUUUCUUUUUGAGGAGUGGAUCCUGGAAGCCAUCUUGUAGAGCACAGGGCUUUUUCUACUUUUUUCUUGGUCGUUCCCAUUCACUCAACACUCUUCCUCGGGACAUUUUCUUUACUGCCCUCUCGUUCCUUGACCUUUAUAACAGUGGUUCUCAAGUGUGAAUGUGUUGGGGACCCCUUGGGGACUUUCCAAAGCGAUGGGGGACCCCAUGCCAGCAGGGGAAGGGGAAAGGGGGGCAGGAGUGUAUAAAAUAAGGCAACUAAUGGCAGUGUGAAAAGGGCAUCCUUUUUUGUUAUACGAAUAGAUGAAAGGAUAAAAAACAUAGAGGACAAGGGAUGGAGACAGAACUUCUCUCAAAAAGAAGUUCUGUUUUCGGUCCCCGACCUGUGUGCUUUUUUUUAACCUUUCGUUUAUUCAUAUCCAAUUCACCAACACGCUCGUUUUCAAUUAAUACUGUUGUAGACAGGAUAAAUGGACAGGUAAAUGGUAACGACUUUACUUUUUAUAACGGGCGGUAGCUUGUACCUCCUAAGCAGUACAACAAAAACACUUUUUUUUAUUUUUGAUUGAAGGGGGACGGAAAUUAAGGCGAAGGCUUUCUAGAUCCCCAAGAACAGCUUUGCAGACCCCAGUGGGAACCCCAUUUGAGAACCACUGCUCCAUAACAUUGCGUGGUACCUAACUGAUUGGUCACAUGUCUUUCUUGUCCCUUUUGACAAUGCCCUUCUACCGGGAAAUCAUUCUUCUCUUCAUCAUUUCCCAGCCAGCGGGACGCGCCAGCCCUUCUACUUUGACCACAAUGGGUUGCACAUGGUGGUGCCGCAGCUCGAUGAUGCAUAAUACUGAACGUGCACGCUUAGUACUGGUGACACGAUGGCAGCCUCUUGGCAUUGUUCCCUCAAUGUUGCUGGGCAUUGGAAGUACAGAAAGAAAACAUUGCGACGGUUUGUGAUUCAUUCCCCUCUAUGUCCAGACUGCGCAGUCUCUCAAACAUGGCCUCGGUUGUAGUUCGACGACGGGCAAAAAACGUUUGGGUCGUCGUUAAGUGGCCACAUAUACACCGAGCUGUUCAGACUGUACUCCUAAGUGCGAGCGAAGCCAAAGCUACUUGCGGAAGCUUUGUGCUUUUAUCGCAGCUUUUGGGCAUAAAUGUUUGUGCAGUGCAAGCGCUGCUUUGAAACAAUAUAACUGUGCUUGUAGUUUGUUUCGCUGGCACUUAAAGGGAAACGGAGUAUAGCGGACCAGCAUCUCGAAGGUGCUUUUAGCUGAGAAGCAGGGUUGGAGGGCAACAUUAUUUGAGUUGGCAGUAAAACUGGGCUAAGGUUCAAAGUUGCUGGCGUGAUGUAAGUCAUCCCCCGUUGUGUCGCCAUUUCAUAUUGUCUAUUGACUGUUUUUCCUAUGAAAAGUAUAUUGCACAGAUGUAUAUCUUAUUCUCGGGGCCUCCUUGGGAGGAGUGCUGGUACCUCGGCGUGUGUGCUUGCCACUGGAAAGUGCUGGCUGUGGCCGCAAGGAUUAUUCUGGUCGGCUUCUGGGGUUGGUAUCUCCGCAUGUUGGACAACGGCAGGUGACGGACCAACAUCUAUUUUAUUGGAGGUGGCUUCUUGCAUCCCAAGCAUUAAAAAUGGGCUAACUGCACGAAUGGGGCCACUGGUAGCUUUUAUGUAGUAAAAUACUCCCAAGUUGUACAAACAAUGGCAAUGAAAUCGAAGCUGACACCUGGGUUGUAAAUUUAGAUGGCAAGGAAGCAAAUGGACGACCAUUUCCCUUGGACUGUUAACUUGCUCAGCAUGUUUAGUGCAUUGGGCACCAAGUUGGAGUGAUGCAUACAAUGUUCUUUUGCAACUGGAACAUGAAAAGACAGUGAUAUUUAUUGUCAUCUGUGGUUCAUGAAGUGGAGCAACAGUUGUGCAUCUUGACUCUGGGCAUCCUUGCAGCCACAACCUACUGUUUAUUUUCUCCAGGGCCGGCACACAUUCCCAUGACUGUUGUUUGAUAAGAAAACCUGUGACUCCCUUUUUUCAGAACAGAGUACAUAUAUCUGCGUUGCUCAAAGUUGAGGGCCCAGGAGAAAAUCAGUCCACUUGCAGAUGGAUUAUGGAACUUAUCCGAGCUGGAUUGUCUCAUUUCCAGCUGGAUCUAGCUGGGACAACUUUCAUAAUUCAUCUGCAAGUGGACUGAUUUUCUCCUGGGUGGCUUUCUGUCCAGAAGCGGAACAAAGAUCAACAUUCCUUGAAGACCGAACAUUCUCAAAAACGCUUGCAAAGCUCGCGACAUUGACCUUUGUGUGCCAUGAACCGUUGCGAACAAAAAGUUUUUACCCCGUUUGCUACGCAAUUUGUAUGUUGUGCCAACACCAUUAAUAACCUGUUGUCUGAGACUUUUUGUGCAUUGUUGCACGUGUACAAGAUGAUAAGGGAUGCUUCAUUAUAGUGCAACACUUUUUAGACCAUGUUUCUUAUAUCUUAAAAACUGUUCCGCCAUCGACCUAACAUUGUGCAUUGUACCACAUCCACAAGCUACGUCAUGCUGUAUGCUGCGAUGGGCACAAAUAAAUCGUGAUUUGCCAGCCUCUC